AUGCAGCUCUUCGCAAAUCCACUCCUCAGGCACGUUAUUGGCAGGGGCUGCUUUGAUGCUGCUUCAAAGCGACAGUGCCCGCAGUACUUAAGAGCUCUGAGGACACUGCAGCUUAAUGGUUUCAACACUGGUUUUUUAGGGGAAACAGAUAUUCCAGAAAGUCUUAUAACAGGAGAAAAAAAAAUCCGAAGAGGGUGGGUGCCCUGGAGAUAUAAACUGCUAUUAAGAGGCAAUCUGCCUAUCCAUGAGCAGAAUGGUAUCUUUCAGGAGUUUUGUGAAUCUCUGACCACGUCCUGUGGGAAGUGCAUAAUUGUGAUGAGGGAUAAAACACAGCCGAUGCUCCCACCAGAGAUCUACAUGUCCACCACAGAGUGUUGCCCUGAAGUUGCUAAAGCCAAUGGCCAUGAGCUUCUUGUUGUGCCUUCAUCUUACAACUACCUCUAUCCUAUGGACAUCACCUGGUCUUCUUUGAAAUGGUUUAUUAUAAACAACAGGAAGGUCUUUGCCUUGAAGUCUGUUGAGAGGACCCACUCCUAUAGGUGUAUCCUCCUCAGUGACUUGAUUCUUAAAGGAAUAGAGAAUAUGACCCCAAACAAAUGGAAGGCAAUGAUUAACAGAGUGAAGAGAUGGGAGAACUACUACCUUGACACACUUCCUUAA